GGCAAUUUCAAAACCGGAUGCGCGAAUUUAAACGUAUCGUAAACCACCACAACUCCGGCCAGGCAUUUUAUAACUAAUCUGGAUAAAGUCGAGAGAAGAAAUAUAAUUCUAAUAGAUAUGGAAGAAGGCGAGACCGUAUCGAUACUUUCCAGAAAAGAGCUGCGUAAACAGAAGUUGAUGGAAUACCUGGCAGCCAAAGGAAAACUGAAACCGACCAACCCUAAGCCGUACCUCCGUGAUGACAGUCAGGUUAAGAAGCCGGAGACACCUACAGUUAAGGUUGUUAAGGGAAAAGAGAACAAGGCUCCAUCUGACAGAUUCAGAUAUGUACGCACAAAGUUUCCGACUCUGGCUGCUCAAUCCACAAAACACCCUGCCAGAAGAACAUUUGGGGUCACUAACAAAGUUAAUGUAAAAGGCAUCAUCCUGACUGGACGGCUGGAUGCCAAUUGUCCAUCUGCAACCAGUGGCCCGGCACAGCCAAAACUUGACCAGAACCCUGUGCUUACAAGAACAUACACCAUUGUGUCCUCCAAAGCAAACCUGAAUUCAGCCAGCCACCUCAAAAAGCAGCCAAACACAGGAAUACAAUCUUCAGGCAGAGCCUCUUCAAAUGCAGCUUGUACAGCUGUAACAAAAUCAAACAGCAGAUUCAGCAGUAACUCAAAUGCUGCCUGGUCAUGUCCAAUAAAGACAGUCAGUGUCAGGAUGAGUCUUGGUCCCAUUGUCAAAACAAAAACAGGCCUCAUUCCUGCAGUGACUCAGCCAAGAAACAGUCAAAGUCAAAACUUAACACACACCUCUGCCACAGCAGCUGAUACCACUACCACCACUUCUGUGCGAUCCAGCACCUCAUCAUCAGUCUCUGUUUCUCAGAGGUCUGCCAUGGCUCAGAAGAAAACAUUACCUACCACUGCUCUAAACAACCCUGUUAAUAAGAAAACAACAGUUUCUUCGGCUGCAAGAGCUGGGAUUAAAGUUCAAGAUCAGAACAAAUCUAACUCUAACCCACUUUUGGGUAAACAUUCUCAGCCAUCUUGUAAGAGUCAAUCAUCAAGUGGACUGAAAUCAAUGUCCAGCUCUUCCAAGUGCACAGCAGCACCUAUUAAGCCAAAGGGGAGAGUAGGGAUGUCAAAAACUAAUAAAUCAGCUGGCCAGCCCACAGACAAAUCCACGAAGCAGAGAUCUAAGGGGGAGAAAAAUGGCCAGCCAUGCAAAGUAGCCUCCCGAACAUCCUCAGGGCCAGUGAGCGGGUGCAGUUCCAAAGCAGUCAGCGGGGUUAUACGAGCUGCUGUGGCUGAGCUGGGAGGGAAAACCAAGACAUGUAAAGUGACAGAUAGCAAGAAGGGACACAGUUCAGCAAAUGCCCCUCCACCAAAAACAGGUAUAAAAAGAGCAGGCGCUCCAGUGAUGUCACAGACAGUGCCGCGGCCGGCCAGGACCAUCAGCCAUACAGGCCAGGCUGCAGACAUGAAGACGCCAAAGGUCCCAGUCAGGGUCAUUCCCCAGACUGAGGGAGAGAAACUGACUGCUGCCCAGGUGGAAAGAAUGAGAAAACUUCAGGAAUGGCGGGAAGCCAAGGGCAUUUCCUACAAACGUCCUCCAAUGCCGGUGAAACCUCAGGUCAGGCGCACUGUGGCCGUGCCCCAGCCUUUCUGGGCUACCAUGAAGGAGGAAGACGAGGCCCAUUCCCUCAUCUGUGCUGUGGACAGAUCCCUGGCUGAUUGCAUCAAAUUGCUUGGAGAGGGUUGCCCUCCAAAUCAGGUGAAGGAGGUUCUCUCACGGCUGCCGGCAGUGUCCCAGAAGUUUGCCAAAUACUGGAUCUGUCAGGCCCGCCUGAUGGAGCAGGAGGGCAACCUGGAUGUCCUGCCCAUGUUUGAAGAGGCUGUUGGUGUUGUGUUGGAGCCAGUGGACGAGCUGCGGACUGUGGUGUUUGAGAUUCUGAAGAAAAAGGACGAGAUCCAAGAAAACGACAAAGAGGAGGACCAAAUUCCAAUAGCUGAAAGCGCUCCUGAGGGCAUUAACAACCCAAUGAUGACCCCUAAACCUGUCAGAGCCCUCAUCUGUGGGGAGAAAGGAGACUCAUCUGUAGUCAAGUACAAGAUUACAGCAACUCCUGGUGGCCCUCCAAGCCAACAGAAGGAACCAGCACGGGUCAACGGCCAGGAGGUUCGCUUCUUCACCCCAGUUAGACGCUCAGUGCGUAUCGAGAGAGCCUCACUCCGAUACCCUGCGUCCCUCCAGGACCAUGAUCUCUGUGUGGCCUCUUACAAUGACCUGAUCUUCGAGGAGGAUAACGAGAGAAGUGAAGAGCAGAAGGGUGGGGAAACCAGCCCGUUUGCUAACAACACGCUGAUGUACGUCUACAGACAGAACGAAGCACUUAACGACAAGGUGUUCGUCCAGCUAGUCUACGAUGAAGGCGUUUAGCCUUGGGUGCUUACUUCAUCUCCACCAGUUUGUAGUUGAGACAUAAUUCAGAAGUUCAGCAUUUGUCAGUGUCAUGUCUGUUCACAUGGUAGGGAGAAAAAAGUCAAAUGUAUUUGUGUAUACUUUGGUGUUGUCAGAUCUCACACUUUCCCUGAAAAGAAGGUGAGUUUUAACCUUGUAUAGAACCUGACAUUUUACCUAAUGAGCUGUUUUAUAAAGUUAGGUAUUUCUCACACUUAUGGAGAAGUUACUGGGUUUAUCCAUUUGGUCCCUAUAUUUUAUUCCUUCAAAUAAUGUGGUGUACAUAGUAAUGUAAAAUAAAUGUCUGCUUUUUAAAACCUA